AUGCUAAUCCACCCGGCAAUGCUCAGCUUCAGCUAUCCCAACGGCGAACCGCAAACUCCGACUCGGACCCCUACAACGGGUGCAAUCGACUCCUUUACUACACCUAAGCUUGAAUCCAGUUUCUUCGAUCCGCGGGUCACUUGGGAUACCGCCGACCCUUAUGCUUCUAGUCCGGAAUUUCUUCGUUCACCUCAAAAAUUCGCCCUGGGCACACCAUCAAACCCUUUUAAGACGAAAACACUAGACCCACGGAUAGGAGACUUUAAGGAUGGAAGGGCAUCGGAGCAGACAGACACAGCAAGGCGGAUUCGGCCGGUAAAGCCUUUAUCGAGCAUGAGUGGGGAUGGUCCUGGAACGGUGAAUUCAGCAAAGUCAGCAGCAUCGAUGCAAACACCACCACCUACCAGUGCAUCCAGGCGGAAGAUUCCUGACUUUGACCCAUUGAACAGCGUUGGAAGAGGCACGACGCCGAGAAUUGGUAAUCACCUAGAGACACCAAGUCGACUGUUGGGAACAUCACCGCGGAUGUUCGGUAAUCUACAAUCGUCACCGGAUCUCUUUCAAUUGGCCUCGUUAGAUCAAACAGGAUCUCCCUUCUUCCCACAGCAACGUCUAUUCUGGGAUCAUGAUCAGGAGCAACCAACUCAUGGUAUUCCCCUUCCCAAUGUCCACAGCGAUGCAGAACAUCCACCGAAACAGGUUCCGGGAACCUCCUUGAAUGGCCAUAUUCCACAAUUACCGACUAUUGAGGGCUCUAUGGAUCUGCCAGAAUUCACAGGCGGGUUUGGGAUCUCUUCUGCCCCGCCUACCGAUGCGGCAUUGUUCCCUGCUCCUUUCUCCGCAUCCCCUCGUAUGCCCGUAGCCAAGGCAGAAGAUCCAGCCAUGUUCUUGAGUUCUCCAGCUCGCCGUUUUGGCGGAACCCAGCUGACUCCGGAACGAAAUCCUUCCCGUGCUAUAAGGCAACCCUACCAUCACCAAAUUGAGGAGUCUAAACGGGAGGAGUUUCGUCGUGCGAGUGGAUAUGAGCCACAUGGCCCUGGAUCAUUUUCGAGUUUAUCAGAAGAGGAUGAUGACUAUACGCCUAGAGGUUUGCGUCCUGGGCUGACAAGAAGUGUCACGCACAACGCUCUGACAAGUUCAUGCCAGCGACCACUCAGUCAGGCUAGCGGAAGUAUGAGAUCUAGCAGUGGAGUUCGUAAAAGCCCGUCUAAAGGCCGAGCAUCUCCAGUUAAAGGGAUGCGACCCGCCCCUCUGGCGCGAUCAGCAUCUGUCGCUUCUAACUUCCCUACUCGUUCAUCAUCUGUGAUCCUUAAAAUUGGUCGCGAUGGUCGUGCGAAGGCUGAAAUGCAGCCCCUUGAUGAGGGACCCACUGGUCUGACUGACCCCUUGACUGGUAUGGACUUGGAUGGAUCUGCUACUGAAAGUGAGGCCGACCCGGCCGAAUACUCUGAAUACCCCGUUUUGCCUCGCUCUCAGUCUUCCUUCUCGCUGUUUGAUGGCAACCGGCCGACCUUGGCUCGAAGCGACUCUGGUUCUCGCCCACCUUCCAAGGGAUCAUAUGCCUCAGUUGGCUCAUCUCAGUCAGGGCGUAUGUCUCCCUGGGCUGGAUCCGGAUCCGUUCGAGGUGCUUCCGGUCGAUCGACAUACCGUGGAUCCCCUGAAGCCAUCAAACGAACACCUAAACGGCAUUCCUCUUUACUUCACUCUGAUGCUUCAUAUACUCGCGGCAGUGUUGCUUCACAGUCUCUACCGGGUGAGGAUGAUGAGAGCGGUGAUGCCCAGGCUGCCCUCCGACAGGUUCUUAAGGAACGUGGCCGUAGUACUAGGCCAUCCACUGCAAACUAUAGCUCUCGCACUCUUCCACGAUCAUCACAUACAUUUUCACACCUGCGAUCAUCUCCUCCACGAAUCAAUAGUGACUUUGAUAUACAAUCGCGCCAUUCCAAUGCCUCCCCAACUACCGUGACCGACCCAGACUUGGCGACUCCGCAUACCGAAAGGCACAGCAACCACAGCAACCCCAGUAAUGCUACCCGUUGCAUUUGUCGUUCAAUGGAUAAUGGUGGGCAUCUCAUGAUUCAAUGCGAAUCAUGCACCCACUGGUUACACACCAAAUGUGUGGGAUUGGAGCGAGCCAAUCUUCCUUCAUUUUACGUCUGCAUGUUCUGCGAUCAUACCCCAUCCCGACAACGCGUCCAGUCCGAAUACGGAGCUGGUGGCGGUCCCCCUUCACCUUUGGCGCAUAAAUCAUUUCGGUUUCGGUAG